AUGGAGCUCUGCGAACUGCAACUUUAUCCUGAAGAUGAUACUUGGCCAUCGGACAUCGACACUCGCAUCGCUCAACUCGACUUUGGUGGUGAUUCAGCGCUAUUCGCUUCGAGUUCUGUCAGUACUGAUUCGCUAGACUCAGAGCAGCUCCGGGAACGAUGUCGCCAUCGAACCGAGGACUUCCAGCUCACAUUCGCCGAUUCAGGACAUUGGCAAAGCGGCCAACUUACCACCUGGGGACGAAUUCGUUCCACUGAACCGCUUGACGAAACAACUGCCAGUGCUCCAAACGUGGUAACUCGUCCACUUACAACGCCGUCAAGUACAGCGAGCCAUCAGCGACCAGCGAGUCUUCUGGCGAAUUUCGUUGGCCGUGAACACGAGAAUGGUGUCGGUCGUUACGUGGACGUCAACGACAACGAGAUUCAGCUCGAAGCAACGAGCGCCUCCACGUCGCAGGAUCGUUGGCGUGCCGCUCGACCGGCGGCGUCGUCAGCACCGACGACGGUUGGUGGCAAUUUCGUUCGUACGUCGGCGCCGACGAAACCACGGCGAACGUUUGCCGAUCUGCACAAGUCGAUUGCACCUGAGCUGCGAUUUCUCGCUCUUCCGCAUCAGAUUCCAACAUUAUGUGAGUCGUCGACGAUGUCGUUGAGUGAUGUGAUGCUGAAAGUCCAACGUGAGGGCAUGCCUCCAUUGACGUCCGACCUCGAUUUACCGCUACCAUCGUUGCUUCAGGCAAGUUCCUUAUGCGCUUGA